GGUCAAUCAGCAGCCUCAGAUCCAUAUUCAGAUCCAUACCUCUUUAUUCAAGCCUAGCUCUCGUUCGUAUCAGUCCACAGAGACCUUAACAGCAGACACCAUGCUUCUCAAGUUCUCCCUCCUCGGCCUCUUCGCCACCUCCGUCCUCGCCGACGGCGCCGCCAUCGUGGCCGCCAUGGACGAGAUCGCGGCCCAGAAUACGGAGCUGGGCGACACCGUGUCGUCCUGGGACGGCGGCCUCUUCGGCACGCUCCCCAUCAUCAUCGACUCCACCAAGCUCCUCAUCAAGAUCAACGAGGCCACAAAGGUCGCCGAGGACUCGGAGCCGCUCAGCGCCCUCGAGGCCAUCGGGGUCGCGCAGUCGACGCAGAAGCUCGCGGGCGGCGUGCAGACCACGCUCACUGCUGUCGUCGACGCCAAGCCCAAGUUUGACAGGCUCCUGCUGAGCCCGGUCAUCCUGCUCAACCUCAAGUCGGAGAAGAGCGCGACGGACAAGUUCAGCGCGGCUGUCGUUGAGAAGGUCCCUGAGGCGCUGCAGGCCGCGGCCAAGACGCUGGUUGCUGGGAUUGAGACGUCGUUCAACAAUGCCAUUGCCGCUUACAGCUAAGUCAAUGGAUGAGUUGGCUGGGGUAGGAACGGUUCUGGGGAUGGGACGGUUAAUUAUAAUGAGGAACGACCACUGCUGGGUUGGGGCGGACUUGAUGGGACUAAACUAUGAAUCUCUUCUGUACAUACUUGGUGUCUUCUGAUUCCUCUUCAGACAGAGCAAGCAAAAAUAUUGAGUCUAUCUCACACAUCGUCACAGUUCCAAGCCUGGAUCCAUGCAUCAUCACACAAUUGGAUGGGCAAUGCAAGACAAACAUACG